GGAAUAGCACAAGGAUAGUGUAAGCAAGCCUCUAACAGAGACAAUUAGGGAGAAUUUACACUAUAUAUAUCCACCAAAUAUUUACACAGAAGUUUUUGUGUUUUUUUGGUCAAAUGGUUUUGGAAACGUCUUCAGACGAUUUUGAAAUAGCUCUUUCGUGGCGGCAUUGAUGUGACAUUAGAAGUAGAAGCUGUUUUAUUUUGCUACAACAACCCAAGCAGUUUCGAAAAUUAAACAUUUGGAUCCACUAGUUCUUCACUGUCAACAAAUAGACUAUUUAUUUUAGCGAUGCUGACAAGCAAGAUAGUAUAUGAAAAUAACAAUAUACCUAACAGAUUAUAACAUCGGAGUGAUUUAGAAGAGGGUGAGUUGGAGGAUGCCAAUAAAAUCACAAGAGAGAUAAUUGAAAGCUUUGAAAAACACAUUGCUUUUGGAAUGAGUCCAGAAAAGAAAAUCAAAUUAGAAAAUCAGAAACAGCAGGAAGAAGAUUUUCUUCAGGAAGAAGAUAUAAUACAGUAUAUACCAGUAUGUGAACAGAGGCUGAGGAAUGGUUGUAAGACAGCAAUAGAUUUAGUGGAUGAUAGCAAUAAUGAUUCAGACAUAAUUAACAGAACUAACUUACAACAGCAAAUACAGCAACCAAUCAAUGCUGUUGAUAAAAAGUUAGUUGAAUUAUUAGGUUUAACAGAUGAUCAAGAAUUUCUGACAGAGGAUCAAUCAAUAAAGUUAAUUGAAACCUUAAAAUCCAAUUCACUUGAUAAACAAGAAACAAUAGACUCUCUAAUACGGUAUGGAAUUCACAUAAAUUAUCAAGUUCUUAACGAAAGUGUAGGAGAAAAAAGANAACAGAGACAAUUAGGGAGAAUUUACACUAUAUAUAUCCACCAAAUAUUUACACAGAAGUUUUUGUGUUUUUUUGGUCAAAUGGUUUUGGAAACGUCUUCAGACGAUUUUGAAAUAGCUCUUUCGUGGCGGCAUUGA